CGCAAACUUGGCGCAGAACAGUUCGCUGAGACGUUCAUAAAAAUCAAAAGUAUGCGAGAUACAGCGUACGCGUUUAUAUUUGUGUUUCUGUGUGUGAUAGUGCAGCAUAAUGUGACAUUUGCCAAACGAAUACUAAUUAUAACGCACCUCCCGAAUUACAGCCAUCAAAUAAUGUAUCGCGGCUUAGUGUUAGAGUUGAAUAAACGAGGUCAUGAGAUUGUGUGGGUCACCACGCAUCCCAUGAAAAAUUCUUCUCUGACGAAUUACAGGGAGAUCGAUCUGAGUUAUUUUUAUAAGUAUUUUUUUGAAGAUGACCCAGAAAUCACACAAUUCUUAGGAUCACACAAUAAUUAUAUCAGACUGAGUAUGGAUACAUCGUACGUGGAAACAGAAAAAAUACAAUGGUCCGUGCUUCACAUCCUAAACCGCAAAGUCUUUGAGAAUUCUGAGAUGCAAAAGUUGUACGCUGUUGACAGUGGUGAACACUUCGAUGUGGUAAUCGUAGGACAGGGUCCCACCAUAUCGUUGAAUGCUUUCGCGUAUAGAUUUAAUGCUCCUCUCAUAGGUAUCUCGAGCCUGGACGUAUACAACAAUAUGCGGUACAUGCUCGGAUCCAUGAUUCUCCCGUCGCACAUCUCCAACUGGCAAAUCGAUUCGCCAGUCGAGGACAAUAUGUCAUUCUGGAGGAGACUCAUCAACUUCUAUUCCACGUGGAUGCAUAUGUAUCACUGGACGAGCGUUCAUGCUCCUCAGGAGGAUGCGAUCGCGAGGAAACACUUAGGGGACAACAUACCAUAUAUCGAUGAUAUUACGAGAAACAUGAGCAUAUACCUCAUCAACAAGCAUCCGUUGCUUUCGCACAGCCGGCCUGAGCAAAGCAACAUCAUAUUUUACAAUGGUUUUCACAUCGCAAAAGUGCCACCCGCAUUGCCCGAAGACUUGAAACAAUUCCUUGACGGCGCGAAGGAUGGAUUUAUUUACGUCAGUUUCGGAAGUUCAGUCGACUGGAAGCUUUUACCGAAUAAUAUGUUCAUGAAAUUCGUCGCGGCGUUAUCCAAGCUACCAUACAGAAUCCUCUGGAAAAUCGAUCCCGAUAUGCUACCCAGCAAGUUCAACAAUAUAAUGACGUCCAAGUGGCUGCCGCAGCAAGGCAUUCUCGCUCACUCAAAUAUCAAGCUAUUUAUUUACCAAGGAGGCAUGCAAAGCACCGAGGAAACCGUUUAUUACGGAGUUCCUAUCAUAGGGUGUCCAGUCAUAUGGGAUCAAGCGCACAACGUACAAAUUAUGGUAAGGUGGGGUGUCGGACUCCAUCUUCAGCAUAGUACAAUUUCAGAAGAGAGCAUUCAAGCUGCUGUGCAUGAAGUUAUAAACAACAAGAGAUACAAAAAUCAGAUGAUGCAACUGAGUAGACGUUAUAAGGAUAGGCCGUAUGAUAGCCUUCAGAAUGCGAUAUCGUGGAUCGAGUACGUGAUGCGUCAGAACGGGACAUCCUUUCUGCGAGAUGGCCUUGGCGACAAGCCGUGGCAUCAACGAUAUGACUGGGACAUCAUCGGAUUCCUUGCUGUUGCGGCAUUCGUAGCAUCCCUUAUUUCUCUUUAUGUCCUAUUUCAGAUUUUACGUUUCGUUUACAGCUACUGUAAAAUCCUUUGUGAUAAUUCUAAGUAUAUCAGAGCGAAAAUGGAAUAAUACCUAUGUACAUGUUUGUACCAAUGUGGUUAAAUUAUUUGUAACGAAUUUCCUGUGUACGUUAUUUCAAAUUAUAUUAAACUAUAUCGUCGAAA